AUGAGGUCUUGUUUUAUUAUUUGUUUUUGGUUCACUUUUCUCUCCAGUUUUCUGCUUCGAAGGGUAAUUUCAGGAACUCGAUUUCGGGGUCAAACAGAGCUUGCUAGCUCACCACCCAGAGGAUGGAAUUCUUAUGAUUCGUUUUGCUGGACAGUUUCAGAAGAAGAAUUUCUUCAAAAUGCUGAGCUUGUUUCUCAGAGAUUGCGCGCCCAUGGCUAUGAGUAUGUGGUAGUGGAUUAUCUUUGGUAUAGGAGGAAAGUAAAAGGCGCUUACGUUGAUUCUCUUGGAUUUGAUGUGAUCGAUGAAUGGGGAAGAAUGAUUCCUGACCCAGAUAGAUGGCCUUCCUCCCAGGGUGGGAAAGGCUUCACUGAAGUGGCUAAGAAAGUUCAUGACAUGGGUUUGAAAUUCGGCAUUCAUGUUAUGAGAGGUAUCAGUACGCAGGCAUUCAAUGCAAACACGCCGAUCCUUGACAUUAAUACGGGAAGUGCUUAUAAAGAUUCGGGACGGGAGUGGCGUGCAAAAGACGUAGGAAUCAAGGAGAGGGCUUGUGCAUGGAUGCAACAUGGUUUCAUGAGUGUGGAUACCAAGUCGGGAGCUGGAAAAGCAUUCUUGAGGUCCCUAUAUAAACAAUAUGCUGACUGGGGUGUUGAUUUUGUGAAAAAUGACUGUGUAUUUGGUGAUGAUUUAGAUCUAGCCGAGAUAAGUUAUGUUUCCGAGGUCUUGACACAACUCAACCGCCCAAUCCUGUAUUCCCUGUCUCCCGGCACUAGUGCAACACCAGCCAUGGCAAGAGAUGUAAAUGGUCUUGUAAACAUGUAUAGGGUUACAGGGGAUGAUUGGGAUUCAUGGAAAGAUGUUUCCACUCAUUUUGAUGUUGCCCGGGACUUUGCUGCUGCUAAUAUGAUUGGAGCGAAGGGCCUGAGAGGCAAAUCAUGGCCCGACUUAGAUAUGCUUCCAUUUGGAUGGCUUACCGACCAAGGUUCAAAUGAAGGUCCUCAUAGAAAAUGUAAUCUUAAUCUAGACGAGCAAAAAACUCAGAUAGCUUUAUGGUCAAUGGCCAAGUCUCCUCUGAUGUUCGGAGGAGAUAUGAGACAUCUCGAUGAGAUCACAUUCAAACUCAUCACAAACCCAACUCUAUUGGAGAUAAACUCCUUUAGCACAAACAAUGCAGAGUUUCCUUAUAUUACUAGUAGCUUAAGCCGACAUACUUGGACCAGCCGACUGAGAAAUCAGAUGAGUAAGGGUAUCUCAGAUUUCCAUGUGUUGGGUCUUUCAAGCUGCAAAGAUGACAAUGCAAGAGGUUGGUCGACUAGAACUGUGGAGGAUGAUCUUGAACAAGUCUGUUGGAAAGAGAAAUUAAGUGAACUUCAAGUGCCAUUUUGCCUAUACAAGAAACAUCAUCUUUUGGAAUCAGAUGAAGAGGUGACAAAUAACCACCUAUAUGAUGGGAAGGUCCGUUUAUUUGCGACAGAGAGGACGGAGUUCUGCCUUGGUGCAUCCCCACAUAAGAAGCUUACUUCCAAAGAGUUUAAAAGGGGUUCCUUUUUACCCUGCAGACGGGAGGCCAACCAGAUGUGGGAGUUGAACAGUAAUGGAACCCUAACAAAUAGCUAUUCCGGUUUGUGUGCAUCCAUAAAUACAGCAAAAGUUAAUUCUCCUAAUGGAGCUCGCGCAUGGAUUGCAACUGGAAGACGAGGAGAAGUAUAUGUUGCCUUUUUUAAUUUGAAUCCUGGGAAGACCGUGGUAUCUACAAAGAUAGUGGAUUUGGCCAAGGCACUUCCUGGUCGAAAGCUAAAUCCUGCUUCAUGCAAAUGCAGAGAAGAAUGGAGUGGGAAAGACUUUGGAGUUGUAAAAGAUUUAUUGUCCAUGGAAUUAGUAGUGGCGACGGGGGUGGAGGUUCUGGCAGUGGUGGGCUUGGGAUUUUUUUUAUUGGGUUAUGAUGUAGUGAUGCCUGCUUUGUUGGCAGCAACGGGGGUGGUGGUGUCUCUGGGGCGGCGAGAAGACGGGGUGGGGGUGUGCUGGCUAUGA